AUGAUCCGCUUCAUUCUAAUACAAAACAGAGCAGGGAAAACGAGACUAGCCAAAUGGUAUAUGAACUUUGACGAUGACGAGAAACAAAAGCUUAUCGAAGAAGUGCACGCAGUUGUAACGGUUAGAGAUGCCAAACACACAAAUUUCGUAGAAUUCAGAAACUUCAAAAUAAUUUAUCGAAGGUACGCCGGUCUAUAUUUUUGCAUUUGCGUGGACGUGGGCGAUAACAAUCUGUGUUAUCUGGAGGCCAUACACAAUUUUGUCGAAGUCCUCAACGAAUAUUUCCACAACGUCUGUGAACUAGAUCUGGUGUUCAAUUUCUACAAGGUAUACACCGUGGUAGAUGAAAUGUUUUUAGCCGGCGAAAUUCGGGAAACGAGUCAAACAAAAGUCUUAAAACAACUACUUAUGUUGAGUUCAUUAGAAUAA